AUGGGUUGUUGCUACAAUAAAUCAAAUGUUACUACUAUUUCGAACACAAAAUCAGCUAUAAUCGCAACCACUGAACAUGAAUUCAUAGAAAAAGUGAUAUCAACUAUACCUCUUAGUCAACGUGAUUUCAUUCGAAGAAUUCCAUCUCAUUAUUUUCUUACAGCUUAUGCUUUAUAUAAAAAUGCUCAAAUUUUAUUGAAGCAUGAAAGAUUUGAAGAAGCUGAAUUAGCAUGUAAUAAUGCUGUUGAUAUGCUUUUACAGUACUUACAUCCAACACAUUAUAUAUUUCAAAAAAUACUUGAAAUCUAUACAAAUUCUUGUCUUCGUCGAGAACAUUUUUCCAAGGCUUUGUGUAGCACAUUGACUUGUAUUUUAAUUCAUUCUGCAAUAUCUUCUGCUGAUCGAGCAUCAUUAUCCGUGAGGGAAAAUUUUCAAAUAAUUGAGUACUACUUUCGGAUGGGUUUCAUCUAUAAGAAGAUGAAUUACAUGAAAAAUGCUUUGAAAUAUAUGCUACAAGCACGACAAAUGAUUUCAUCAUGGCCCCACGUUGAAGAAAUCAUCAAUUUUACUCGAAUAAUUGAUGAUAACAUUCGAGAUUUACGCGAACCAAAAUUGACUAUUCAACCUGUUCAUCCUUGUCCUGAUGAAAGUGACAUUGAUUUUUCUCGACGAUUUCUACUUGAAAUGGCUCAGUUUAAUGCUCAACGAGGCACCCUUCAAUUCGAUGUAUCAGAGUUUACUCGUUUACCUCUGAAAGCAACCGAAUAUUUGGUUACACCAGCAAUUCUAAACGAAGUCUAUAAAUGUUUAUACAAUGAAUUAUCAAAAAAUGGUCUAAUGGCACAAAUUGCUCGUCUUGCUAUGGAAUCUCAAUAUAUUGCUGCUCAAAUAAAAAAUUCAAUACAAAAAUUAAAACAAAACACUCUAUUAACAUCUAUGUUGAUUGAAGCGGCUCUGACAAUAAUUAUCGAUAGACAAGAUAAAUAUUGCCAAAACUUAAAAGAUAAAUUGGGAUUCGAAAUCUUCUAUACUGAUUGUAGUAAUUUUCAUCAAAAUGGUGUUCGAGUAUUCAAAAUAAAAUAUAUAAAAAGCAACGAUCACUAG